AUGCAGUUCCUCAGCACCUUCAUUCUCGCCAUGAGCGCCAUGUUCUCUCUCACGGCUGCGGGCACCAUCCCUCCCGGUGACGCGAACACGACGUUUGAGGCAAAGAAUUGCGGCACCGGCUAUGCCUCCUGCGGCAAGGCCGGCACCAACGGCGACGCAGGUAGCCGAUGCGCGCUGGAGUGCACCUAUCUGGGAGGUCCUACCUCGCUGGGCAGUUGCCAGUGUCCUAAGGGUUUUUACGUGGACACUUGCAUCAGCUCAUCCGCGCACGAUGGUCGUACCAAGUGCUAA